ACGCCCAGGAGCGUAACGUUUUGCGUAAUUACACACCAAAGUUGGCAUGUAGACCUGUUUUAAUAAAAUAAUUUACUACCGUUACGUAUUGUGGGGUCGGAGGAUGAAAGUGUCGGCUUUUGUGUAUGUUUAUGAUCAUGAAAAGAGUUUUAAAUAUUUUUCAUAAUGGCAACACAGGAAUCAUAUGGUAACCGUCCAUUGGCGGAUAGGACAAACCGUUGGACUUCGAAUACGAUCGGAUUGUUAAUUACGAACACUGUUCAUUGUUAAAGAAGCACUCUAUUUUUAUAUUUGUUUUAUUUAAAAUGUCCGACGGAGUUAAUAGAUCACGUUUAGCGUCCUACAAAAAUGCCGGCCAAGGAGUUACAGAGCUUCGUCGUAAGAGAGCUGAAUUGAGCGUCUCCCUACGUAAACAGGCUCGUGAUGAACAGCUUCUUAAGAGGCGUGCCAUGUCUCCUGAGGCGGGAGAGGAGCCAGAAACAGAAAAGGUCAUGACACCAAGUGAAAUAGUCCAGGGUUUGAAGUCAUCCGAUCUAUCGGUGAAGACUGCAUCGGCUAGAGCUGCUCGUCGGAUGUUGUCCAGAGAACAGAACCCUCCUAUCACAGUGAUGGUUAAUGCUGGUGUUAUACCGCCCUUGGUCAGCUCGUUGGAUAGAGAUGAUUGUCCUGAUCUUCAGUUUGAGGCGGCUUGGGCCAUCACUAACAUUGCGUCUGGGACCCAUGAUCAUACAUUGGCUGUUAUAGAAGGUGGUGCAAUCCCGAAAUUGGUGAAUCUUCUAUCAGCUGGUGGUGCUGUGGGAGAACAGAGCGCGUGGGCCCUUGGUAACAUCGCUGGCGACGGGCCCAUACCCCGCGACUCAGUACUGGCAGCCUCAGCAUUACCCGCCUUGCUACCUCACCUCUCGAUUGGAGCGCCGCCCGCCACUCUCAGAACAGCCGUUUGGACCUAUAGCAAUCUCUGCAGGAACAAAAAUCCACUCGUCCGCUUCGAGUUAGUAUCUCCCGCGCUGCCUGCUAUAUCUGAACUACUAACGGUCGCUGAUCAGGACGUGUUGGCGGAUGCAUGCUGGGCGCUAUCUUAUUUAACCGACGGGCCUGAUGAGAGGAUUGAGGCGGUGCAGAGCACUCCGCACCUCCUUGGAAGACUCGUCUCCUUGCUAUCACACCGAGCGGCAUCAGUUAGGACACCAGCGCUGAGAGCUGUGGGUAACAUGCUGACCGGCUCAGACAGACAGACGGAUAGGGUCUUGGAGGCUGGAUGUCUCGAUCCAUUGGCGACGCUCCUGAAAUGCGGCAGAUCCUCGCUGGUGAAGGAGGCCGCUUGGGCGUUGUCCAACGUGUUCGCUGGUACGAGCCAGCAGAUACAGAUAGCUAUCGAUUCUGGUGUCUUACCAGUCUUAGUGUCUGUUUUAUCUGCGGAUGAUGCUAAGUGUCAGAAGGAGGCUGCGUGGGCUAUCAGCAAUGUGUGUCUGGGUGGAACACCAGCUCAGUUAGACAGGCUGAUAGGGGCCGGGUUUCUGGAGCCCUACUGUGCGCUGUUGGAGGCGCCCGAUCAGCGCACGGUCGCUGUAGUAUUGGAUGGUCUCGCUCAUUUGCUACAGGCGGCAGCGAAAUUCGGUCAAGUGGAUCCUCUCUGUGUGAAGCUAGAGGAGGUUGGAGCUCUGGACCGCAUCGAGGGACUCCAACAACACGAGAACGAACAGAUCUACCGCAAAGCCUUGCAUAUCCUCGACACAUACUUCGUGGACCAGGAAGAUCAGUCCCAGCCGGAGCAGAUUGGUGAUGAGUACCACUUCAGUGCCCACGAUGAUCAACAAAUACAAUUCUAACAAAAACAUGUAUAUAGUGUUUUCAUACAUCAAACAUUUCUUCUGGUAACGAGCUGGCCUCAACUUCAAACGGUUCAUUAAUAAAUAUUAUCGUUUUAGUUAA